AUGGGUAGAAAAAAGAAGCCGUUUAUAGACAAGACACUCUACGACUACAAGCUAGUACACAGGUCGCAACAUGACCCGCUUGUCGCCGACCAGGAUGCCAGUCAGAUGGUCCUUGCUGAGAUACCAGGAGUUGGUGAUGAGCCAAGUAGCGCCCCACGUGUGAGUGCCUCUGCGCGCCGGAAAACACAGCAAGAAUUUGGAAUCUACUACGAGGAUGACUACGACUACAUGCAGCAUGUUAAGGAGAGGGAAGAGGGAGGCACCGUAUGGGAGGCAGUUAAUCCUACACGACCAGGUCAAGUAGUGCUGCCAACAUGUGUGCUGCCCUCUGCUACUGAGGAACCUGUUGGAAUGCUGAACCUAGCUGCCCCUCGUGGUCUAGACCUGUCUCUUGACCCUGAUAUUGUGGCGGCCCUUGACGACGACUUUGACUUUGAGAAUCCAGAGCUGGAACUUGAGGACGAUUUCAUUGGAAUGGCUGAGGGAGCAAUAUUAGAGGAGUACGGAGCUGAAGAGGGUGCGGGGCACUCUGGAGGUUAUAUUGGUAGUGAUAACGAGCAGUAUGGAAGUGAGGAUGAAGAUGAUGUGAACAGUCUCUUCUCCGGUGGAGCUCUUUCAGAUGAUCAGACUUGUAGGUUUACAGAGUACAGUGUCUCCUCUUCUGUCUUGCCUAGAAAUGAGGGCCUCACCAUGCUGGAUAACCGGUUUGAGGAGAUGUACAAAGAGUACGACGUAUUGGGAGCGGGAGAGGAAGAUCUGCCCGCUGUUGACGAGCUCGGCGUGGAGACUGAGCCUACCAUGGUGCUGGAACAGCUCUGUGAUGAGUUUGAGAGACAGGAUCUGGACGAUGAGGAAACGCUGACAAUAACAAAAGCUAAGACACUAGCUCUCGCUCAAGAACAUGCGGAAAGGCCGGAAAAGAAGGAAAAGGUAGUGGAGGAAAUGGAUCACCGAAUUGCGAUACAGUGGGACUGUGAAACCAUAUUGUCAACUUACUCCAACAUCUACAACCACCCAAAAGUUAUCGAGAUACCGUUAAAAAUUAAACUUGAUAAGAGAGGAAUAGCGAUUAACGAAGUGCCGGAAGACAAAGACAUGAUCGAUGAGGAAGAAGAGGAUGGGUACGUGAGUCAGUCUGAUGAAGAAGAAGAAAAAGUUGUCAUAUCAAAUUAUAGGACAAAAUCAGAAACAGCCGAGGAGAAAAAGGCAAGGAAGGCCGCUGUAAAAGAGGGCCAGAGGAUGAGGAGGCAGAUCAAGAAGGCAACAAAGGAAGUUUUCAAAGAGGAAAGUACCAGAGAAGGGAAAUUCGCCGCCAGCAAGGUCAAGGGGAGGGUUAUAAAGCUGUAAGGCCGGCUUGCUGGAUGGCGAUUGGUCGAUUAAUUUAUUUAACUUUUAAAUUAUUGUUUUACAUGACAUGACCUUGGAGCUGCAGGGCAGCUUUUUCGAUAGUUUAACAUCAAAUUGUAUUCGGUUUUAUUUCCUCGGAGUUCAUGUUUGAGUUAUCAGGUGUAGAUUGUAUAUUCAGCGAAUCUACCGAUUGUAUUUCAACAGUCAACUUCCCUGAAUGUGUCAAGUGGCUCAAAAUCAUGGUUUCACCUGCAGUAGCAGGCAAACGCAACGACACAGGUUCAUACAAAUAUUUUAUAUUUUCGCGCGCACGACAUAACAUAGUGCAAUUCAAUGCCAUGUGUGAAUGACGUGCCUGAUAAUUUAUCUGGGUGAGAAUAUUUGAGCACGAAAGCACUGCGCACGUGUAGCUCGUCUCAGUUGCAAUCGUGAGUUUCGUCACUGUUACAAUUUGUCUCGCUGGUGAACAUUGAACUGAGUUAAUGCUUCCAUCCUUUUAUCCUCGUCGUGGUCACUUGAUCACUUAUUGGUAUUUAUCUGGAAGUAUUUUAUUGUGCGAGUUUAAGAUCUUUUAUUUAUCAUCUACAA